UUCAUUUUAAGGUUACCCAGGGAAAUCCUAAAAAAUGUGACAAAACUCCAGAUGGGCAGGAGGCGUACAAAACUCCCGGAGAUAAUGGGUUCUCUGUGUCCGUGGCGGGUUCACCUUCUCUGUACAGGCCAGGACAGGUUUAUACAAUUACGUUGAAAGGAACUCGACUUAACGAUGGAGGGAUCGAACCAACGAAAAUCAAGUUUAUUGAUUUUACAUUGGUUGCUGAGAGUAAUCUUCCCUCCACAGAGGUUGCAAACCUUGGAACAUUUCAGCUAAUGCCUGGAGAUGCAAUGUCAAAGUUCAGUCAUAAGUGCAGCCAUGCAGUUAAAGCAACUUCAGCUAUCCCUAAGGAUGAGGUCACUGUACUCUGGACUGCUCCUGAGCAUGGUGACGGAUGUAUUCAACUCAAGGCUAUGGUUGUAGAAAGAAAAGACCUCUGGUAUAUGGACGACGGCGGCCUAACGCACACAUUCUGCGAGGAUGACUCUCCAAUGGGACAACCUCCUCUUGUAGAACCCUGCUGUGCCUGCCACGAGGCCAAAUAUGAGGUCAUUUUCGAGGGUCUUUGGUCCAGACAUACACACCCUAAGGACUAUCCUAUCGAUGAGUGGAAAACACAGUUCUCCCAUAUGAUCGGAGCCAGUCAUAGUAUAGAUUAUGAUCUCUGGAAGUACAGUGAACCCUCCUCCCCUGCCCUCGCUCUACUGGCAGAGGAAGGUAAGACCAAGAAACUGGAGAUCGAUAUGAAAAGGUUCAGUAAGAAUAUCCGGAGUGUGAUAAAAGCACGCGGUCUUCAGCAACGAUCAAACGUGGUCGGACGCACGUUUGCAGUUUUCCGAAUGGAUCCCACGAACCAUCUCUUGUCUCUGGUUUCCAAGAUGAUCCCUAGUCCGGAUUGGAUUGUCGGAGUAUCGAUGGAGAAUCUUUGUCUAGCCAAUUGCUCCUGGGUUGACAGCAGGGUUGUGGAUCUAUAUCCAUGGGAUGCCGGAGUACGGAGCGGGAUGACGUAUAACGAUCCUGGAGAUUACACCACGCCCAAGGAGAGUAUUCACAGAAUUACAGCUUGUAACCCAGACUCAGACGAGUCUCCGUUCUUUGAUCCAAGCUGUGCUCCUCUCAAACCCGUAGCAAGAUUACAUAUUCUCAAGCAGCGUGAGUACAAGAAGCAGUGUAGUGGGGGACAGGAUCAAGGAAUCCCUCUUAAUCCAUCCUGGGGUAAUCCUAACACUCCCAUUGGAAAUAACGAGGACGUUUACUCCGGUACCGGGAUCGGACCAGCGGAGGAGAUCUCAACCGGAGAAUCCUACGGAGAUUACGGAAACUCCGUAACCUACAACGAUGUUGGUUCCAGUAAUACCAACUCCUACUCCGACAACUCCUACAGCUCUAGCUACGGAUCCAACGGUGACCUCUGUCAGAUGAAGGAAUGGACCACCUGGAGCGAAUGCAGCCAGACCUGUGGCAUGGGUUCUCAGUCCAGAACCCGAGUUUACGUCAAUCCUAUCGGAUCUAAGAUUGCAAACUGUCCGGAGGAGAAACUUUUCUCUAAACGAACCUGUCAGAAUAGAUCUCCAUGUCCAUCUAGAUCAUACGGAGGAAACUACGAUCCGUUCUUUGGUGACGACGAGUUAAGCCAGGCCGGAAUCUCGUCCCCGUGGCACAGACGAGGGCUGUCGUCCGACAACCUAAAGAAGGACGAAACCCUAGAUCUGAGUGCUAAGUCCUAUAUAUAUGAUGGAAAGAAAAAGAGUGGGACAACCUCGUAUACGUAUGAAUCCGUCCCUGAUCCUGAACCUUACUCCGACCCCUACCAUGAUCCCUACAAUAAACACUCCGGGUACGCUAAACAGAAAGGAUAUCCUCCCAAAACCAACAAUCCUGGAUCAUCUAGAUACAACCCUUAUAAGGAGAUGGGAUUUUAUGGAUAUACUUACGGGGGUCCUUCUACUCAUGGUCUAUACAGUAAUCCUGCAGCUUAUCAACCAAUAACUCAAGAUCUGAAUAUGCUUGGACAGCUACAGGGUGAUUCUACAAGUAGCUCCUGUGAGACUGAGGAGUGGGGAGACUGGUCUGAUUGUUCAUCUGAAUGUGGGGACGGAACCAGGUCUCGUAAAAGAUAUUACAAGGAUCAGGAUACAGCAACCUGCUCCGAGGAACUUUAUCAAUCAGAGCUCUGUCAUGAAUCCUUCGGAUGUGAGGAACCAACAGCUGACCUUCCUUCUCCACAGAGGAGAACCAGAUAUGAGAAGAAACAGUCCUAUACCUCAGAGGAUCCACAGUGCGGAGUAGCACAGUGGAGUGAGUGGAGUCCUUGCAGUGUUUCUUGUGGCCAUGGAUAUAAUAUUAGAACUCGGGUGUUUACACUCUCGUUUGUUCCUAACCGUGUUUGCGAGGGAGUGAGAUUAACAGAGAAGAAGGAUUGUCGUCUUCCAACCUGCUGGAACUCUAGGACCACGUUGGAUUACUACGAUGAUGUGGCGCCAAGCUAUGCUCUUCAUGAUUCGCUGGAUUCUGAUCCUGUAGUAGAGGUUAUGGAUGAACCAAAACCUAAGGAGCCAUAUUGUCAGGAGGACCCGGAUCCAGGACCAUGUCGGAUGGAGUUCUCGAGAUGGUAUUAUGACUGGAAGGAAGAGAACUGUGUAGAGUUUAAAUACUCCGGCUGUGGAGGAAACAGAAAUAGUUUUGUAACUCUUCAAUCCUGCCUGGAGUCCUGCCAUAACGAUGGGAAGAGCGCUUUCAAAGAUUUGAUGUCUAUGUCUCUGGUGAGAGAAGAUUACCAGGCAGAUUCUCCUCAACGAGUUCUUGUAGACGCUCCUGUAGAGGUCCCCUGUCAGGUAUCUGAUUGGUCAGAUUGGUCAGCUUGCUCUGUAUCCUGUGGACGAGGUUGGGCAACAAAAACACGGGAAAUUAUUGCGGAACCACAAAAUGGCGGUCGCGCUUGCCCGCGGAAACUAUCUAAGAGGAAGAAAUGCCGCGGAGAUGCGUGUGCAACCCGUCCUUCUGAUUGGUAUCAAGGAAACUGGCGAAUGCUCCAAGAUGAUGAUGAUAAUGAUAUCUAAGAUAAUCGCUGCAGCAACAAAUUUAAACUUUUCCGCUUCCGAAUUUCUUCAAUUUUUGUAGCAGUGUGAGUUUGAUAUUAUAAGCAAAGCUUUUUCUUGCCUUAUAUUUUCAUUAAAGUGUAUGCAUUCAUGCAUUUAAUAUUUAACUUAAUAAUUGUGUGCCAGGGAUGUAAACAACCUUUAUUUACGGGGACUGCAUUAUCUUAUAUUUAUCCAUGUUUUUAUAAUUCUAAUAUGUAUUCUCAACUACUUCAAAACUUAUAUAUCAUAAAGAAAGUUUAUUAACUAAUAAAUAAAUAAAUUAG